AUGGCAAAGGUUAUCCAUGAUAAGAAGUCUUUGCGGCCGCAAGUGCGCGAAGAGUAUGACGCGGAGCCGCCCAGUAAUCCCAACCCCGUAUGGACGGGCAGCGUGGUUUCUCAGUACGGCGCCGGCAAGCGUUCUCCAGGCUUCUGUGGACUCACUGACGCUAAGGUUUUUGUGCGUGGUGACCCCUUGAAGAGUUUCCACCCUCUACUCGGCCGCCCUGCUCUUGCUGGGUACCCUGUCUCGGAGCAAGCUCGGCCACGGAGUCAGAAGGCCCGUCGCCGCCUGAGGAUGCAACGUGUGGCCCUCGACCCCACAGGCCCUGUCACCAAGUUCUUGGAGAAGAAUCUGUUUCCAGUUUUGCUGCCAGGACUAGAAGCCAUGCUGAGAGAGGUCCAGAGACAGCUGCGUCUCCCGAGGGGAAGAACAGCUUUUAACCCGUGUGACUUCUUAACAGAAUGGCUGUACAACUGUAACCCCCGCAGGAGAGGACAGAGUCCUGUGAAAUUCCAAGACAUCCCCUUUGUCAAGGACUGGCUCAGUAUACAUCCCAGGCCUCCUGUCCCGCUGUCUCUGUUACUGACAGAUGAUCAGGCUGCUCUCCUCAUCCAGGCUUCCUGGAGGGGAUACAAGGUCAGAGUGCGUCCAGAUGUGCAAGAGCUGCGGCAGUGGCAAAGAGAGCUGAGAGAGGAGAACCAUGGCAUCGACAAAACUGUCCAGGAAUUCUGGGCUCAACAAGCGAGCCAAGUGGGCUCGGCUGGCACAGAUCUCCCCGAAAGCCCCCAGCCGGGCAACUCAAGCGUGUCCAUCCAGGUAGCUUCCCCAACCCCACAAAGUAUGGUGGUCCACACCCCAACGGCUCAAAUGACCCCCGAGAGCAGUGAGAUGCUGACUCCCAGUCUGCACAGUUUGGGGGAAACAGUCUCUCCAUCAUCAGUGACCGAGUACCUGACUGUACCGGAGUGUGGUGGCCUAUCCCUGGCUGCAGUAUCUCCAUCCCUUCAAGGAAGUUACAACCUGAGUUAGGUCAUGGGUAAUAUCAAUUUAAACCAUCAUCGCUCCAAAUUACAAGAAUUUCAUGGUUGUUACACUGGGUUAAAUGCCAAACUGGCCAGUGUGAUCAGUCAAACAAGCCAUUAAAAUGCCUGAAAACCAAUUAGAUAUGGAUGU